UCGUUGGCGGAUCAGCAUCACACACCAGUGACAUUGAUCCGGAAAUUGGAAAUGUGAAUUGAAGAGUGUGUGAGUGGAAAAAGUGUUCGAAAAAAAUAAACUCCUUCUAGUGUCAUUACAGUUACAGUGAUUUAAAUGUGUGCAGUAAAGUGCGUGCGCGCGUGUGUUGCAAGGUGAUGCCGUUUGUGCAAAAGACGCUCCGCAAAAGCAAAUGGAAUAUAGCAAAGUGUGUCGUGGUGGUGUUGUUUGGAGUAAAGAAAAAUGCAACGCGAUGCGGCGGUGGCCGAUGACAAGCGCACUGAUUCAUCGGCGGACAGUGACGGGGGGGAAGAGUGUGAGCAAACGUACCUGCCGAACGAUCCGCACCAGUGGAACGCAGAGCACGUGAGCACGUGGAUUUCGUGGGUUUCGAAAAAUUUCGACAUUUUCCCACCGCUCGAACCGGCCCGCUUUCCCCAGGCGGGCAGUGAGCUGGCCCCCUUUACCAAGGCGGACUUUUGGGUGUGUGCGGGCAGUGCGGCGGGGGGUAAUACGCUGGCGAAACAUUUUGCGCACCUCGUACGGCACGCCGGCCGCAACAAAGGAAGCGGAAGUGAUGGUCAGCAGGAGCUAGAAAGCGACAUUGAUCCAGGUAAUCGAGCCGGUCGAUAUCGGGUGGAAGCAAUCUAUUAAACUAUUACCAAACCCCUUUUUCCCUUUUA